AGUCAGUCUCUCUCAGAUCAGGACAGAGAGACGCUGCUCUCCUCACUGCUCUCAACAUCAUCCCUCCAUCUUCUUCUUCCUCCUCCUCCUCCUCCUCCUCCUCUUCCUCUCUCUCUCCAUCUUUCUUCUUCUCCUUCUGACUUCUCUCCUCCACCCUGCGCACACAGACACACAGAUAGACGGGUCUAACUCUUGGCCUUCAUCACCACCACCAUCAUCAUCCUCAGAGGAACACGGACAGGGAGCCCCCUGACCCUCGCCCUGCCGGGUCACCAUGGCAACGGUCAUCUGCACUCGUUUCACCGAAGAGUUUCAGCUGUACGAGGAGCUGGGCAAGGGAGCGUUUUCGGUGGUGCGGCGCUGUGUGAAGGUGCUGUCAGGUCAAGAGUACGCCGCCAAGAUCAUCAACACCAAGAAACUGACUGCCAGAGAUCACCAGAAGUUGGACCGUGAAGCUCGGAUCUGUCGUUUACUGAAACAUCCCAACAUCGUUCGGCUACAUGACAGCAUCUCAGAGGAGGCACAUCAUUACCUCAUCUUUGACCUGGUCACGGGUGGCGAGCUGUUUGAAGACAUCGUGGCCAGAGAAUAUUAUAGUGAAGCUGACGCCAGUCACUGUAUCCAGCAGAUUCUGGAGGCGGUGCUACACUGUCACCAGAUGGGCGUGGUCCACCGAGACCUGAAGCCAGAGAACCUGCUGUUGGCGUCCAAGUCGAAAGGAGCCGCGGUGAAACUGGCUGACUUUGGGCUCGCCAUCGAGGUGGAGGGAGAGCAGCAGGCCUGGUUCGGCUUUGCAGGGACUCCAGGUUAUCUGUCUCCAGAGGUUUUACGGAAGGACCCGUAUGGAAAAGCAGUGGACCUCUGGGCCUGUGGUGUGAUUCUCUACAUCUUGCUGGUCGGUUAUCCUCCAUUCUGGGAUGAAGAUCAACAUCGACUUUACCAGCAGAUCAAAGCUGGAGCUUAUGAUUUUCCCUCUCCGGAGUGGGACACGGUGACUCCUGAAGCCAAAGAUCUCAUUAAUAAGAUGUUGACCAUCAAUCCGGCCAAACGGAUCACAGCGGCCGAGGCGCUCAAACACCCCUGGAUCUCUCAUCGCUCCACGGUGGCGUCCUGUAUGCACAGACAGGAAACUGUCGAGUGUCUGAAGAAGUUUAACGCCCGGAGGAAACUCAAGGGGGCCAUUCUAACCACCAUGUUGGCCACGAGAAACUUCUCCGGAGGAAAGAGCAGCAAGAAGAACGACGGCGUCAAGGAAUCAUCUGAGAGCACGAACACAACCAUAGAGGACGAAGACACCAGAGUGAGGAAACAGGACAUCAUUAAAGUGACAGAGCAGCUCAUCGAGGCGAUCAGCAAUGGAGACUUCGAGAGCUACACCAAAAUGUGCGACCCAGCCGUGACGGCGUUUGAACCGGAGGCGUUGGGGAAUCUGGUCGAAGGCCUGGACUUCCACCGCUUUUAUUUUGAAAACUCCUCUGUGUGUCCCUUAGUGUGGUCAAAGAACAGCAAGCCCGUCCACACCACCAUCCUGAACCCCCACAUCCACCUGGUCGGGGAGGAGGCCGCCUGCAUCGCCUACAUCAGAGUGACGCAGUACAUCGACGCCAACGGGACGCCACGCACCGCCCAGUCUGAGGAGACCAGGGUGUGGCACCGCCGCGACGGGAAGUGGCAGAUCGUCCACUUCCACCGCUCAGGCUCCGCCUCCACGCUCAACAACUAACUUCCAGAGUGGGCGGGUCUUUUGAUGGAGCCACCAUCGCCUUGACAACAGAUUGAUUGACAGCAGCAGGCCAGGCGUGACUUUGUUCGAGAAGUUUGACAAACACCAUACGCAGGAGGAGACAAUGGGCCGGGCCAGAAAGCCUUGUAGUCCUGCAGUGAACUGCAAAAUCAGUCAAUCAAUCGAUCAAUCAAUCUUUCAAUCAAUCAGCCAAUCAGCUUCCUCUAAUCAGCUUAACAAAGCAGGGCAGAUGAAUGUGUGGAAACCUCGUAUCUCUCCUCUCAACUCUUUUAAAGAAGAUUUAUGAACUGAAACAUUAUUAGUUAAUAUUCAACCUAUGAUAAAUAAUAACAAUAAUAAUAACGAAGUUAAGGUGAAAAAAUAUGAUUUAGGUUAAAUUUGUUUUUUCUGCUUCAGGUAAGAAGUUAUUAAAGAAUGACGCCAUCUUAAAUGUUAUGGUGAUAAUAUUAUUAAUAAUGUUAUGGUUGAUUAAAAUUUCUAGGUUAAUUAUUGGAUUCUGAAAUAUUUUUCUGGGAAUAUUCUUUUGUAUGAACCAGUUACCAUGAAAAUCACUUCAAAUCUGCUGUAACGUUUCAGUUCAGGUGGAAACUUUAAGUUUCUGUGUUGCUUAUAGAUCAGGGAUCAAUCAAUGAGUCAAUAAUUAAUUAAUAGAUGACAAAUCAUUAAAGGGAUUUUAAUGAUAUAAUGAUAAAUAAUUUUCACCUUAAUUGAAAAGUAAGUUGUUUUUUCAAAUGUCACAGUCAGAGCAGUUGAAUAUUUGCUCGUUUCCUGGGAGAUACGAGAUUUCCGCCGGAAAGUAAAUACGACAAUAUAUCAAAAAAAAUCAUAUUAUAUUUAUACACUGAGACCAAGGGUCACCAUGGUUACUAGUAAAUGAUUUCGACCCAUUCUCUUAUGAACACAUCCAGGGCUUUGAAUUUUUUCACGUUUUACAUAUCAGAUUAAUUGAUCAAUAAUAUUUUCUCUGGAAUCAUAGCUGCUACCCUGAUCACAACGUGCUCACGUGGAACAGAAAAAAGUUCUAUCUCAAUAUAAUCAAGUUGUGAUGAUUGGGCGUAAAACGACAAACAGCGGCUCUGUGCCUCUUUACGUUUUAUGAUGCAACAGGCUCAACGUAAUAUUUCAUGUUGUAUGAGCAGGAAAACGCUGAAAACACGUCGACGAUGAGGUUCGGACGUACACGACUCAUCUUCUCUGCUUCCAUCAGGGUCGGAGAGCUGCAGACGCUUCCACCGCUCUCCGCCCUGCGAUCUUCCAUGAACAGCCACGCCUCCACGCAGACCAGUUGCCCCGCCCCCUAACCCCGCCCCCGCCAGCUGACCUGACGAGGACGACCUUUACCUGGUACCACCGAGAGAAUUUGUCGAUGGCCGACAGAGAAAACUAAAUGUGUCGGGUCGAGUUUAGAAAAUGUUUGAGGUUGAAGAGCAGCAGGAGGAAGGAAGGAGGAGCUAAGGAUGAAGGAAAGGAAAGAAGGAAAGAGUUAGUUCAUUCUAUUUAAUCACCGAAAUCCAUGUGAUUGAGGUAAAACACCUUAAAGUCAAUGAAACUGAUGAUAAUUAUCAUUAAAUAUCAAUAUUUUUAUUGAUGACGUUAUUGAUCACAUGCAACAGAAUGUGACUGGAAGAAAAAUGUUUCUACUCUCAAACUUCCGUCAGCCAAUCAGAAUCACUGACACCGUCACCUGUCACCAUCAGCCGCAACGAGCUCGUCAUGUACGGAGUCCCCGCAGGGACAAAAUCAAAUGUCAUAAUGACCAUGUGACUUUUAAUCUUUACACUUAGACAGAAGCUGACGUUUGAUCACAGACAAUCAGAUCUAUUGAUCAGAUUUAAACCAUUUCAGAUAUAAAAUUCAAUUACUGAAAUGUUCAUAUAGAGAAAAAUGAUCUGGAUUUGUACAAAUAAUAUGAGACGUGAAUCUAUACAAUUUUUGUUAAUACUGAAUUCAUAAAUUUGAGAUUUCAGGGAACCUGUCAGUUUUGUCCCUCCCGGGACUCCGUAGGAUGUGACUGUGGCGUUCCCGUGGUGCUGGUCUGUCGGAGGCCCGUCGCUGUGUCAAACCUCAUAUCUCUCUCUUUGUUUUCGUUCGGAGCCUUAAUGAUGUAAUAACUUAUUCAACGUUUAAACUUGAGAUUGUGAAGUGAAACUUGAACCAGCUUCUACUCGACCGCGUGGUCGUUGAAUCUCAUUCCAGGCGCUGUGAGGAUUUUGUGGUGAUGGCCGUGUUUUAGAAAACGUUAGAUUUUUUGGACUGGACGUCUGUACAGAGCGUUGUGUUUCUUCUUCCUCUUCAGUGACGUGUUUACUCUCCGUACAGGUUCUGUGAUGCAUGCCGGACGUUGUGCUUCAUGCUUCGGUUUUAGGUCUCGGUGGCGUUUUUUCCCGCCGUUCGCAGCUUGUCACUUCGUUUCCCGCUCUCCGGUGACUCGACUCGGACUUGUUAGCUUCGUUAGCAUUCCUCACCGGGAGCAGUGGUGUGCGCUAGCCGCGAGCUAACAAAGACCACCUGUGGUGCCGACUUUGAUAUUCUGCCACUUUUAAACCCGUUGUGUUUUGUCUCACGAGCUUCAAUCUUUUUACCGUCGGGAGAAUGUAGAACUUUGUACGAUCAGAUUCUUUAAUAUGACGAUAUAUGAUUAUUCUCAGUAAAUCACGUUUGGAUAUUUCAGAUCUUUUUAAUGUUUGAAUCAAACUUCCAGUGCUAUGACGUUGUGAAUCACCCUGUACAGAGCACGCUGUGUUUUAUUAGCUUUAAUAUUUUUAUUAGUAUGAUGUUGGUGACACACGUUCCCCUAGCAACCGCUGAAUGUGUUCGCCACAGCGCCGCCUCCCUUCAUUUUACUUGACAUCUCGGUGCCAUUUGGCGUCCCGGCUCAACAACUGGGGAGGCUGAAUAUCAGCUCUUUGCUAAUGCUAACGCUAACGGACUGUAGUCUUUCAGGUUUCAGGUCAUUUUCAAAAUGACUACUUCUCCAGAAUUUACUUAACAAUUCUCUUAUGAAAACCAAAUAUUAUCACCAUAAAGUUUGAUUUAAAUUCAAUUAAGUGAUUUUUUAAAUUUUUAUUUUUAUUUAGGUUUUCAAUUUUUUGGGUACAUGUUUGCUGUAAAGUGCCGGUGAUGUCAGCAGAGGGGAACAAAAGAGCUAUGUUUAAAUCUGUUCUCCACGUUCAUGGUUCAUGCAUCUUGUUUUCUCGAUGUCGUGCCAAACCGCUUGUUUCUUCAGAAAACAGGAAGUAGAGCCUUCACUCCGGUUCCCCUUGAUUUAAAGCUACAGUGUGUAAUAUUUAGAAGAACUUAUUCACAGCAAUUGAAUAUAUUGUCCAUAACUAUGUGUUCAUAUAUGUAUGAUCAUCUCUGAAUGAGUUAAAUAUAGUUCCAUGAGGUGGA